AUGGCCUUGAUAUUCAUCGUGGGUUUCGCAACUGCGGCCUUCGUGCUGCAGAUUAUCCGCAUGGUGAUCGACUCAUGGCAGGUUGCGCGCAACGCCAAAAAGCUAGGCUGUGGUAAUCUUCCUAGGUAUCCUUGCAAGGAUCCAAUUGGAAUCGAAACCCUGAAGCAAUCUCUGGUAGCAGUCAAAGAAGAGACCUUGCCUGAGUUGGCAGAGAAGCGCUUUGAAGUUAUGGCCAAGCAGGAGAGGCGCUACGUCACUACCUUUAUGAUUCGCAACCUCGGGCGCGAUGGCAUUUUCACCAUCGAUCCCAAAAAUAUCCAAGCGAUUCUAGCAACUCAAUUCAAGGAUUUCGAACUCGGUGAUUCUCGUCGGAGGGCUUUGCACCCCUUGCUCGGCACUGGUAUUUUCACUGCCGACGGUGAAGACUGGUCCAGGUCUAGAAGUCUCCUACGCCCUCAAUUCACCCGGGAGCAAGUCAGUCGUCUAGAUUUGGAGGAAGAGCAUGUACAGAAGGCGAUGAAGGCGCUGCCCGUCGGAGCCAACGGCUGGACCGCCUCAACCGACAUUCAGAAUAUCUUCUUCCGCCUAACUAUUGAUUCUGCCACAGACUUUCUCUUUGGUGACAGUGUUGAGAGCCAGCUUGGUGGCCUGAACGGCUUGAAUAGACCUGAAGAUUCUUUCGCUGGAUACUUCGACUAUUCGCAAUUCAUCUGCGCGCAGCGUGGUCGAUUUGAGAGGCUUGCCUUCCUCGCUGAGACCACCAAAAGCAAAAUUUCAGACAAAAAAGUGCAAGCCUUUGUUGACAAGGUCGUCGCAACCGCUCUAACGGCCGCCAGGAAUGGCAAGAAGAAUCGCAAAGAAGGAAAUUCCCCUUAUGUGUUCCUUGACGCUCUUUUGGAAGUAACUCACGACCCAAUCGAACUGCGCUCACAACUCUUGAACAUCCUUCUAGCUGGGCGUGAUACUACUGCAUCCCUCCUCAGCUGGACCACCCUCCUUCUUGCCCGUGACCCUGCCGUUUUCAAUAAGCUUCGCGAAACCGUAAUCUUCACAUUUGGUACUUACUCUAACCCCCAACCCAUUACAUUUGCUGCUCUGAAGUGCUGUCAGUACCUACAGUAUGUUUUGAAUGAAGUCCUCCGUCUCUACCCCGUCGUCCCAUUCAAUCGCCGCAAUGCUACCCGCGAUAUUACCAUCCCUCGCGGUGGUGGUCCCGAGGGUGAAGAACCUGUCUACGUUCGCAAGGGUCAAUCUGUCUUCUAUACCACUCAUGUCAUGCAUCGCCGAAAAGACCUCUGGGGCCCCGAUGCCGACGAGUUCAAGCCUGGUCGCUGGGCCAACCGCAAGGCCGGUUGGGAAUAUAUUCCCUUCAAUGGUGGCCCGCGUAUCUGCCUUGGUCAACAGUUCGCACUCACAGAAGCCGGGUACGUCAUUGUUCGACUUUUGCAGCGGUUCGAUCAGAUUCAGGAUAUGAACGCGAAUCGCCAGAUUCGACAAAGCUGGGGUUUGACCAGCUCGCCUGCCGAUCGCCUUACUGUCCGCAUGCAUGAGGCGGUUGAGUGA